AUGAAGCGUCGCGAGGUGGCGCUUUGCAAGGAGGCAUCGCAAGGUGUACGCGACGAGAUGCGCACCAAGUACGAGAAGAUGGCUGCCGCGGUAGAAGAAAGGCGCCGAGCAACAUCUGCUGCAGUUGCGGCAGUCCAGGCUGGCGGCGGGAAGCGGCGCAUCACCGACUACUUGGAGGGAGAUGCCGCUGCGGCUAAACGGGAUGCUGACGAGGGCCUUGCGCUGAUGUUUGCGGCCUGCAGAAUCCCGGAGGUCACCAUGGACCACCCGCUGUUCAUCAACGCCAUGCUGCUCGUCAACCGCGCCGGCCACGGCUACGUCCCCCCCAGGAGGACUUUCAUCGGCGGGGCUGGGCUGGUCGCUGUCCGCAAAGGGAUUGAGCAGGGGCUGAUGGGGAUUAAAUCGAGCUGGAAGAAGACGGGGGUAACAAUUGCGUCCGACAUGAUGACGGACAAAUGUGGGAGGGCGCAGGCGAAUGUCCUCCUCAUUAACGACUCCGGCGCCGUCUUCAAGGAGGCGAUCGACUGCGGUAUGGAGCGGAAGACGGGGGGAUACAUUGCGGGGAUUCUGCAGCCGGUGGUGGAGGAGGUAGGACCAGAGAAUGUCGUCGCGUUUUGUAUGGAUGGGGGGUCGAAUUAUGCCGCGGCUGUCCAGGAGCUAAUUGCCAAGUGGCCCCACAUUCAGCAGGUCCCUUGUGCUACGCAUGUGAUGGAUCUCCUGCUGGAGGAUGUGGGAAAGAUGGGCACCCUGAACGCGAUGGUGCUGUCCGACAAGUGGAAGGAGUGGGCCGUGGGGUCGCGGAAGGAUGCUGCCGAGGAGUUUGCUGGGCAGGUCCUUGAUGCAGCAUGGUGGCGGACGGCAGAAUUCUUCUGCAAGCUGAUGCAACUGCCCUACAAGACGAUGCGGCAGACUGACGCAGAUGCCACGGGGAUGAUGGGCCGCCUCUAUGAUGUAAUGCUGCAGCUUACGGAGGAUGUCAACAACGUCCUGGACGAGGAUGAGCAGCAGCUGAGUCGCACGGAGAAGGACAAGAUUCGCCGCAUCAUCAAGGACCGCUGGGAUAACAACCUCGCCUGCGCCAUGCACGUUGCUGGCCGAAUCCUCAACCCCGCGAACCAGGAGGAGGAUAUCUUUGGCAGCGACGUCGAAUGCACCUGGGUUUUCAAGGCGUUAAUCAACCAGCACGUGGAGUUCCUCAUCGGCCACGACGGGAAGGGGAGGGAUGCUGGUCCAGACUACUUGCUUGCCUUGGGUGACGGGCUGAGGGCUUUCUUGGACCUGAAAGGCAGUUUUGGGAUGCCGGAGGCGAUUGCACAGAGGGAGUUGGUGAAGGCGGGUAAGUACAGCAUGGUGAAGUGGUGGCAGUGGAACGGCACAGAUGCACCUCACCUGAUGCACUUCGCCGUGAGGAUGCUAUCUCAGCCUGUAUCGGCAUCCCCUUGUGAGCGUGGGUGGGGAACUUGGGAUGCAGUCCACACAGCCCGCCGGAACCGCCUCGGCUCUAAGAAGUGCCAGGACCCGGUUUUUGUUGCGCACAACUGUAAUGUUGUGCGCAACUGGCACUCGCGCGCAGAUGUGAUGCCGAACGUUGUGCCAGGGAUUGGGGACGAGCCUCCUAUCCCCGAGGGGUACAACGGGUUGGAUGAGACGGAGGUGGAGGAGGAGGAAGGCGAGGAUGACGUCCUGGAGGAUGAGUAUGCUUAG